AUGUACACGGACACAGUUAGAGUAUGUCUGAGCACACCUGUGCACACGCUGCCUCUGUCUGGACUGCGCUCGCCUGAACACUCCCCCGCCUGCUCUCCUGCCCGCCCUCUCCUCCUCUUCUCCUUCUCUUCUCUUUCUCUUCUCCUUCUCUCCCGUCUCUGUCUCUCCUCUCUCUCUUUUCUGUCUCCUCUCUUUUUCCUAACUCUUCACUCUUUCUUUUUUUAUUUUGCUUUCUGGACACUUUCCUUCCACGCCCUCGCGCUCUGUCUCCCAGACCUGCCCUGUCUCGGCCUGUGCCCGGGCCUGCCCUGCAUGCGCGCUGUCUGUAUUUAUGCACUCUCUCUCUGGCCCCUCCUCCCGGCCCUCUGCUUUUUUGGGUUAUAUCUCUGGAUUACUCGGGCACUCCUGACUAGUUACAACAGAGCUAGACUAAUUAUAACAGAGAUAGACUAG